UCAAUCAUCAUCGACAUCACAAAAGUCGUCUGGCCGCCGUGGUUUACAAUGCACCGUGCUGCCGGCUUUUUGUUUACUGUCAAUUGUUGCGCAUUUGUGGCUCCCAUUUCAAGCAUGCAAGCUAACUCGAGCACACCGACUGCGGACUAGCUAAACUAGAACUUUGUCGGCAACGAUCACCAGCGAUGGCAGCGGUGGAAGUGCAGGUAUCGCGGUACAUCGACAAUGUUUUGCAAAAUGAUACGCUGGAGGAGGUGUUCAACUGCUUCAUUAUCCACUCUCAAGAAAUGCAAGAAUUCAAGGAGAGGACAUACCAGGAGGACAUCAAGACCCUGUUUUCUGGUAUCGCACAGGAAUCGCUAGAUGCUGCAUUGAAGCAGUAUGUUUCAGUGGUCUCCAAUUUGAGCAAUCACCGCCAGAUGCAGACCUUGUUGUCUCUCCUCCACCAUGCGGUCACUGCUGGUGUUGUCCAGCCAAAACCUGUGUGUGAUGCACUUUUGGCCACUGACAAAUUCCACUAUACGGCUGAAGAGUAUUGGUGCCAGUCAUUGUGUCUUAUUCAGAAGAUUGUGGCUGGAAUCGACUACAAGGGUGUUCGCGACCUCUUGAAGGCAAUAUUCGACAAGGCACUUUCAAUUCCUCCUACGGUAAACAUAUCCAUGAUGAGACAACUAAACACAAUCAGCAGUGUAUUGGAGCACAUUUUCGACCGCAAUGCUGCUCUGCUGCCGAGUUACCUGAUCUUUGAUGACGUCCAGAAGCGAUUGGCUUCCAAGACAAACUGGCCACACUGGAAAUUCGCCAAACUUGUCUCUGACUUUGUGGACAGCUUCCAGCCCUGUGCCCAAAUGGUGACCAUUGUUGGUCGUUCUAAGCUUCGGCCAGUCGUUGGCCAUUCGGGAACCUGCUGCACCGUCUGGAAGCUUGACCCCAACACAGCCAAGUUUACGAUGAAAGGGCAGCUACCCUACAGUGCGGAAGUUCAGCAGCCCCAGACAGAGCUACUCAGAUACGUGCUGGAGCAGCCGUAUUCAAGGGAGAUGGUGUGCAGCAUGUUGGGCCUCACAAAACAGCAAAAGCAGCGCUGCCCAGUGCUAGAGCAAGAACUGGUGGCCCUUGUCGUCCGGGCCAUGGAGAAGUCAGAGCAGGAAGGCCCAGAGGAGCCCAUCGAGCUCUUCUGGCAGAACCUGUCCAGCCAGCUCAUCUACUUCGUGCUCUUUCAGUACGCCAACUUCCCGCACAUGGUGCUUGCAUUGCAUGACCAGCUGGUCGGCAGGAACCUGCGGAAGGGCAGAGACCAUCUGAUGUGGGUUCUACUGCAGUUCAUCUCUGGAAGCAUCACCAAGAACCCGCUCAACGACUUCCUGCCUGUAAUGAAGCUGUACGACCUGUUGUACCCGGAGAAGGAACCGUUACCAUUUCCAGAUGUGACCAAGCCUCACUGCACUCGGGCGCUGGCCAUCACGUCCAUCUGGGUGCACCUGACUCGCAAGGCCCAGCUGGAGAAAGUGCGGCUUCAGAGGCCCCUGCCACAUGCAUUGUCCACACACCUUGAGUACCUGCAACAACCCUUUGUGUCAAAUACGACUCUCAGUUUUGGAAAUGAUUACUGGAUCUCACUUCUCUGCAAUGCAUACAGCACGAAUCAGGAAUACUUCAUACGCCCCAUGGGCGUCCUGGCUGAGGCCAUCCAAUGUAGCCAACGCAACCAGGGCUCCAUGUCGUCAUCAAAUUCCAACACACCUAACCCAACACACCCACUGGGCAUGAAUGUGCUUGAUUCACUAACCGUUCACACCAAAAUGAGCCUGAUCCACAACGUGGUGACUCAUGUGAUGAAGAUUCCGCAAGCAAAGUCGACAGUCUCCCUUACGCCAGCACUCAUAGAAACCUACAGUCGUCUGCUGGUGUACAGCGAGAUCGAAUCGCUUGGGAUCAAGGGCUUCAUCAAUCACCUCCUGCCAACAGUGUUCCGUCAGCAGGCGUGGGGCAUCCUGCACACACUGCUGGAGAUGUUCAGCUACCGGCUGCACCACAUCCAGCCACACUACCGCGUCCAGCUGCUGUCUCAUCUGCACAGCCUGGCUGCCGUGCCGCAGACCAAUCAGACUCAGCUGCACCUCUGUGUUGAGAGCACUGCCCUAAAGCUGAUCACUGGCCUCGGCAGCGCGGAGGUCCAACCUCAGCUGUCUCGCUUCCAAACUGAGCCCAAGUCACUGCUUUCCUCCGAAUCGGAGGAACUGAACAAAGCGCUCAUUCUGACGCUCGCCAGGGCAAUACACAUCACAGGGUCCGAGACUCUGUCCAUGGUGUGGUGCAAGGAGCUGCUGACAACAGCAAUGCAGAGCACGCCACACAGCUGGUCGAGCCUGACGCUGCUCAGCUUCCCCCAGAGCCUGGCCGAGUUCUUCCAGCAGCACCAAGCGCAGCGGGAGAACAAGGCCCAGCUCAAGCGCUCCGUUGAGGAGGAGUACCGCAAGUGGAAGACGAUGAGCAAUGAGAACGACAUCAUUGCUCACUUUUCUCAGCAGGGGACACCACAUCUAUUCCUGUGCCUUCUGUGGAAGAUGUUGCUGGAAAAUGACCGCAUCAGCCCCCUGGCUUACAAGAUUUUGGACAGGAUUGGAGCUCGAGCCCUAUCCUCGCAUCUGAGAACAUUUGCAGACUUUCUCGUCUUUGAAGUAUCGAAUUCAGUUGGAGGGCAGCAUGUUAACAAGUGUAUUGAUGCCCUCAAUGACCUUAUUUGGAAGUACCAUGUCAUCUCGCUGGACAGACUAAUCCUUUGCCUGGCGCUUCGUAGCUUCGAAGGCAACGAAAUCCAGGUGUGCUUCUUCAUCAUACAAAUGCUGCUGAUCCGACCAUCAGAGUUCAAGAACCGAGUUCUGGAUUUUGUCAAGGAUAAUUCCCCAGAGCAUUGGAAGCAGACGGACUGGCAUGAGAAGCACUUGGCAUUUCACAGGAAAUACCCGGAGAAGUUCUACUUUGAGGGCCUGCAGGACCUGAGUGGACAGAGCCAACAGCACACCUACCUGCCCGUCUACUUUGGCAACAUCUGUCUACGCUUCAUUCCGGUGAUGGACAUUGUCAUCCACCGUUUCCUAGAGCUGUACCCUGUGGCCACAAUCUCGGUUGAGUCUAUUCUUGACCACCUGGGCUGUCUGUACAAGUUUCACGACCGGCCACUGACGUACCUGUACAACACUCUACACUACUACGAGCAGAAGCUGAGGGACAGGCCUCCCCUAAAGAAGAAACUAGUGGCUUCCAUCACUGGGUCACUAAAAGACAUCCGGUCAGGUAAUUGGGCUCUGAGCGAAGCUUACCUCAGCUACCUGCAGCGCCCAGCAGAGGACACUAACUGGAUACCAGACCUCGAUUAUUACAUCGGACUUGUGGGGAGAAUGGCUGACACUGUUGCCGGAAAGUCCCCCUUUCCACACACAGACUGGCGUUUCAACGAGUUUCCGAACCCUGCUGCCCACGCCUUGCACGUGACGUGCAUUGAGCUCAUGGCAUUGCCCAUCUCCGCAGCUGUGGUUGGAAAUGCCUUGUUGGAUGUUGUUCUCAAAGGGCACACGGUACUCCCACGUAGCAGCAUUGAGAACUGGAUGAAUGCCAUUGGGCUGAUCCUGACUGCACUUCCUGAGCUGUACUGGACCGUGCUCAACGACCGUAUCCUGGUAGCCCUGCAAGGGCCCCAUCUGGCUACGCCCUCUGGCAGCAAGCAGAGCAUCUUCCAGCUUCUCAGUUUCUCCUCCAAUCACAGCAGCAUCACCGAGGUGCAGUGCUGCUACCUCAUGGCGCUCGUCCAUGCCGUCUGGUACCACGCGAGUGUCGGCCAGAUCAGCCAGAUUCCACAGAUCAUGCGUGACCGGUUCAAGCCUGUGGUAAAAACGGAGGAGCAGUUUCUUUUCUUGUGCCACCUGGUAGCCCCAUUCUUCCAGCGCAUGGGCAGUGAGAGGUCACGAAUUGUCAUGGACAUCACCGUGGAGCUGUACGAAAUGCUGGAAAAUGUGGAUAAGAACUGUGAGCAGCUGAACUACAUUGAUCAGAUCACUGAUCUCCUGUACCACAUCAAGUACAUGUUCACUGGCGACUCCGUCAAGACGGAAAUUGAAAGGAGCAUCCGCAACCUGCGACCAGCCUUGCAGCGUCGGCUGCGCUUCAUCACCCACCUAAACAUCGAGGAGACAGCCGCUUCAUGAACGCCUGCUUUCAGCACCGAAAGGCACACUAAAAACUAACUCUCAAUCAGCUUGGACUGGUAGAUUAUUAUUCUUUCAGAACUCCAUUUAUGCAUUUUUUGGCGGAAGAAAGGUUGCUUGAUAGGAAGAAAAGAUGGGGUCAAACUUUCUGUUUUGAACUUCUUGCCCUAAUGCAUUGUUGAUGAUGUCAUGCUGAUGUCACCGAUUUCACAGUGCAUGAAUACUACGUUGGCAUGUCAUGUUGUAGUGACGAGUGCCGAUUGGUGGGCAGGCAGGCAGGCAAACAACCUACUUUGAAGGAAACUCUUCAUUGGGGUAGCCAUAAGCACAGCCAGUUGUCGAGACGAAUGAUCUGGCCAUUGUUUUAUGGCCCAUUUAUAGAGGGGGUACCUUAAGUUUGGGGAUGGGCUGCAAUUAUCGGUACACACUGACAUGAUGGGCCUGCCUUUCUACAUGUGGCUAAAAGAUUCGAGAUGCACAAACACUCCGAUAUUGCAAGCAGAUAUAGUGCAACGGCAUAAUUCUGUGAUAAUGCAAAUCUCAUUUUUUUUCUGGUAAAACGUGCAUGUUAACAUAUGCGCCCUCCUGCUUAGCAGGUACAUUCACAAAAGUUGUUUGGUGAAAUUUCUAUUCAGUUCAAAGUCCAGUCCACAUUUUUUUUUCUUUGUAAAUAAAUUAACUACGUAGUAUUAAGCAUUUGCGGCCAAAAUCUGUGAUGUCACGAGGGGCUCACUCAAGGAUUUCAAUGUUUACAUACCACCAGUCUAUCAUUCUUAUGCGCUUUGCCUUACCAAGCUCUUGUUCAUGCUUGUUCUGACCUAUUUGCCAUUCUGGGCAUGUAAUCUGUCAGUCUAGGUUAAUUUAAUAUUCCUCUUCAGUGUUUCUUUGAGAGGAAUCUUUAUCAUAAGCCCGCCUACAAUUUCCUUGCUCCGAUACAUAUGAAGCCAGUAGCGCACCCAGGAUCUCUGCCAGGGGGAGGGUUGAAUUUUUGGAGUGGUGGGGGGAGGGGGAAGCAAGCACUUUGCAUAAUAUGCAAUUUCCUUGCUUUAGCCAGAGGAAUUCAACAGCAAAUAACAUGCUUAAUAAUUAUAAUAAUAUAAUGACCCCAAGGAUGAUGACGAUUCUUCAGCAUUUUACUCAAAGUAAUUUAAGAGUGAAUGAAUAAAUUUAUAUAUAUACCAGACAGUGAUAGAGUGUUUUUGUUAAUCAGGCAAAUGCGACCUCAAGCCACCUCCGGAAUUGUAAUGACAAUGUGAACAGAGCACUGAAGGUACACGUUGGGCUGGUGGGGCUGCACGCAUGGGGGGGUUACAACACCCGAACCCCCCCGUCGGUGCGCCACUGUAUGAAGCGUAUCUCAGCUCUCUGCUGAACUGAUCUGAAUUAAAUUUGUUGCAUUUAAAGGACCAAGUUUACGACUAAAUUUUUCUGAGAAUAGAUAUCACAGUUCUGCAAAGUGCAUCUGUUAGAGCACUUGUACAGGCACAGUUAAUAUAACAUUUGUUGACAGUUUACAUGAAAUGUUUCUUUAUGGGCAUUUGCAAGUCCUGUUCACGAAUUAUUAUUUCUACGUGAAUUGAAGUCAGUAGUUGAAUGUCAGCGACAAAAGUCGAAGAUCUUUGACUUUAUAUCAAGAGUGCUGGUCAAGGAUUCUAUAGGUAAAAGCCAAAUGAAAUUUUAGACUGCAUAGGAAACCUAGUUUUAGAUAGAAACAGUUAGAGUACCCUCUAUGCAAAAUCUUGUAUUUUAUAAACCAGCCAAAACUUAUGUUCCUGAGAAAAAAAUCUGCUGUUACCAUUUGUUAGAUGUGACACAGGACUCGUAAUGUUGAGCACCAGCUGUUAAGAAUGUUGAAAUUAGGCAGUGCUUAUGGCAUGCUGAAGAUCUUGGCGGCCAAAAUCUGAGAUUUCCGUCACAUCCGCUAACCACUAGGUUUCCAUUUUGUCUGGGUAUUUGCUACUUAAAAGCUGUUAAUAAGAUUUGACAAUUUCCCGCCCUGCUGUAUUGCCAAAAUUGCUUCAGGAGUAUACACUACUCAUUUAUGGUUUAUUUAGCCAAAUUAAUUUUCUUUGCAAUUGGCCUCUGAGCUGCAAGCAUUGAUUUUGCCUGUAAGAUUCUGUUCGAGGACUACGGCAAUGUCAUUACAGUAAAAGGCUGGCUGACUGUGAAGAAGUGUGCCUACUAAGCCUGACUGGUACUGUCACGCCACCUGUGCAUUUCUAAACAUUAGUGGCGAACUAGAUAGUGGCGUAUUUCAAACAUAAUAGAAUUAGAACUGAGGACAGAACACUGUGUAACCUACAAACUGACAAGCUACAUAAUCAUGAUUGUAAGGAAGAAGAACGGCUCUGGAAAGUUACAUCGCCAUCGCGUGCCUCAGAGCCAGAAAGAGACCGGCACGCCAGAAAGUGUAGUUGCCAUCUCGUGUCGCAUGGCAGUUCGCCCGCACAGCUGAGCCAUCAUUGCUGCGGCUGUGUCUCCGGCUAUCGUUCGGCAACUUCUUCCUUCCAUGAUGAUUAUAUAGAUGGCAAGCAAGCUUUUGAUGUGUCUUGCGCAAUCACUAAAACACUUGGGAGCAGCGUGAUGCAUAUAAGAAAGAAUGUACAGCUCUUUACUUUUGUUGAUAUUCUGAUCACCUUACAUUCAGGAAAACUUCAUCCUUGAAGCUUACAAUUUGUAGCUCAUCCUUGUAGCAUGAGCUUAAAUUUGAGUAAAUACAGUAUUGCUAUGCUGAAAAGCAGCAUGUGACGCAUCAUUUUGUUCACCUUAGACGUCCUAGUAGACUGUUUACGCAAUUACCUGUUUCUUCUUUGAAGUUCCAGAGUUGUGAACGUUAUGCUUGAUAUUUUUUCAUUUCAUUUACAGCAAUUUCGCUCAAGUAUUUUAUGAAGAAAUGAACAGUCUGCCUUCAACAGUUGCCACAUUUUGACUUCAUUUAAUUAUGACCAUUCAAAUCAGUAGAGCUUGUGUCUAAAGGGUGCGCGUCUACGUUUCAUGUGUGUUUGAACAAAGAAAUCGGAGCUGGGUCCCAAGCUUCUCUUGAAGAUUAUUCAUCUUGUUAAAUGCAUCUGCAUCUUCCAUCCUCAUUCUGCACUUCCUGUAUGCACCUACUGUGUAAGUGAAUGCUGGCUUGUGGAGCACAGUUAACUACAUCUGCAUAUGGCUGGAGUCAUAUAGUGCGAGUACUGGUUCUUAAUAAAUGAAAUUCUUUUAUACUA